GUCCCGGUCCCUGGUCCUGGCCGGGGGAUGUAGGAGGACGCGCGGCCGAAGGUAGCCGGGCAGUGCCGCCGCCUGUCGCCUGCAAGGGCGGGCGCAGCCGCCGCCGCGGCCGUGUGGCUGUAGGCGUUCCCCGGGGAGACCGGGAAGGGGCACGGCUGCUCCCCGCCUGCCCCCCCGCCGCCGGUCCCGCCCGGCUCUCCGUGCCUUUGGCGUGUGCCUGCCCGUGCCGCGGGGCCAUGGAGCGCGCGUUCACGCCGCUGGAAUGCCUCCUGCCCGCCGGGAACCUGAAGUUUUGCCUUCUGAUUCUGAACCAGCCUUUGAACAAAGGUCAUUUCCAUUGUCUGUGGAACAGAGCUGCCCUGAGAGCUUGUGCUGAUGGAGGUGCCAAUCAUCUCUAUGACAUCACAGAAGGGAGCCAGGAAAGCUUCUUGCCUGAUUACAUCAGUGGUGAUUUUGAUUCCAUUCAGCCUGAAGUCAAGGAGUACUACAAGGUCAAGGGAUGUGAGUUAAUUGAGACCAUGGAUCAGGACCUCACAGAUUUCACCAAGUGCCUUCAAAUACUCCAGAAAAAGAUAGAGAAGAAGGGCCUCCAGGUCGAUGUGAUUGUGGCUCUGGGUGGACUUGGAGGACGCUUUGACCAAACAAUGGCAUCGGUGGAAACGCUUUUUCAUGCAACAAAUAUCACUCCUUCUCCAGUGAUAGUUAUCCAGGAGUGCUCGCUGAUUUACCUGCUUCAACCUGGCAAGCACAAGCUGCGCGUGGACACGGGCCUGGAGGGCCCCUGGUGCGGCCUCAUCCCCAUCGGGAGCCCCUGCGAGAGUGUGACCACCACGGGCCUCAGGUGGAACCUCAGCAGGAGGAGUUGGCAUGGACCAGCAUCUUUUGUUCCCUGUCACGCUGACGAUACGUCCGGGGUGCCUCUCCUGAGACUGUGCAUGUACUGUACCUACAUCUACACAGAUGGUUCCUCAGAUUGGAGUGUAGACCAUUCAGCAGCAUAAAUUUUGAAUUACAUUUUUGAGCUAACCAGGUGCUGAAGUUUGGAACACUCGUCAGUACUUCCAACACCUAUGACGACUCCGGGAUUGUGACCAUCGAGACGGACAAACCUCUGCUGUGGACAAUGGCUAUCAAGAGCUAAGAUCAGCUACAGCUGCC